AUGGAUUAUUCAUCAAAGUUGAUUAUUAUUAGGUAAAAUAUGGGUAAUAUUAAAGAUAUUUAGAUGUAAUAACAUGGAUAGUUCCACCUGCAUUACCAAUAUUUUUUUCUUUAGCUUAAGCAAUUUCAUUAUUAAAAUUAAAAAGAGAAGAUAUUAUGGGAUCUAAUCCAAUAAAAGCAGAGGAAGCAGGUAAAAUAGAUACAAUUUGUUUUGACAAAACUGGCACUCUUUCCACUUUAGGAUUAUAAGCACAUGAUUAUUAUCCAAUUUGUAAUGAAAUUAUUGAUAUAAUGGCAUGUUGUCAUCAUUUAGUAUUAGUAAAUUAAGAAUUAUUGGGAGAUCCAUUAGAAAUGGAAAUGUUUAAUAAAACAAAUUGGUAGAUAAAUUUUGAUGAAUAAAAGUAUUUUAAAGUUUCAAAUUAAUAAAAAACAUUUAAAAUAAUUAGAAUAUUUGAAUUCAGUUCUCAUUUAUAAAUGAUGAGUGUUGUAGCUCAUAAUGAAAAUGAAGAUUCAUAUUCAUUAUUUAUAAAAGGUUCACCAGAAAAGUUGAUUUCAAUGUCAAUUAAUGAUAUAAGUAAAUCAAUUCAUGAACAAUUAUAAAUAAAAACGUUUAAUGGACUUAGAGUAAUUGGAUUAGGUUAUAAAUAAUUACUUCCUGAUUAAAUUAACUUAGAUAGAAAUCUAUUAGAAAAUGAAAUAAAUUUUUGUGGUAUCUUUACUUUAGAGAAUAGUUUAAAGAAAGAUACAAGUAAUGUUAUUUAAUAAUUGUUGGAUUCAAAUUUAGAUAUAAGAGUAAUAUCUGGUGAUAAUGCUCUUACAACAACUCAUUGUGCAUUUGAAUCUAAAAUAAUAUAAAAUAAAUCUAACACCUUAAUAAUAGAUUAUGAUUAAUCAAGUGAUUGCUUAUUAUUAUAAGAUUUAAGAUAAUAGAUUCCAUCUUCAAGUAGAUCUUCAUGUGAUGGUAAACCAGGAUCUUAAUAUAAUUUCAUUUUAAAUUAAUUAGAUAUAAUUUAUAAUAAUGAUUGCAAUUAUGCUAUCACAGGUAAUUUAUGGAAUGCUUUAAUUUAAAAUAAAAUUAGCGAAGUUUCUGUCAAUUAAUCAAGUUAUUAAUUAUAAUAAUAUAAUUAAUUAAAAUAAAUAGAUGAAAUUGACUAAAAAUAAAUUGAAACUUUGAAUAAGGUUAUUAAGAAAACUAAAAUAUUUUCCAGAAUGAAACCACAUUAAAAAAAAGAGAUUGUCCAAUAUUUAUAAACUCAACUUAAUCAAAAUGUUAUGAUGGUUGGAGAUGGAGCAAAUGAUUGCGUAUACAUCAAUCAAUUCAUUAUUUUUAGUCUGCCAUAGCUGAAUCUCUUGUAGGUGUUUCCUUUAGUUCUUCAGAUGCUUCAUAUACAUCUCCUUUCAGUAACAAAUCUGAUUCUAUUAAUUGUGUUAUUUUAAUAUUGCUUCAAGGAAGAGCAACCAAAAGAAUCAUCAUUGAAUUAUUCUAAUAUUUAGUACUCAUUAGUGUCUUAAAAUUUACUGGAACUGCUUUACUCUAAUUUUAAGGAAUGAAUUUUGGCGAUUUCUAAUAUAUAUUCAUGAACUAUAUGUCAAGUGUUCCAUUAUUAAUUCUUAUGACUUUAUCCUUUAAAUAGAAUUUAUUAACACAAUCCAUACCUAAUGAUGAUGUAUUUGCAAUUUAAAAUUAAUUGCAAUUUUACAAUAUUUUUAUAUUCACAUCUUUAGGUUGUAUAAUUUUAGCACUUAUAGCUAUACAUUAUACAGAAGAACCUGUAAUUAGUACUCCAAUAGAUACUUAUACAAGAGAAGGUCCUUUGAAUUCAGUAAUGAUGUUGGCCAAUUAAUAUUACAAUAUGAUCAUAUGCCUAAUUUUAUAUUAAUCUCAUCCUUUUAAGAGUAAUUUUUUAUGUUUAAUCAGAAUAAUUUUACUCAAACUAUCCAUUGACAAUUUGGAUAAUUGGAUGCUUAAUUAUUGCCAUUACAACCACGUUUAGUAACUCAUCUAAGAGUUGGCUUUCAUUAGUUAAUAUUAAUGAUGAAAUGUACAUUUUUAUAAAUAUUGAAGUUUUGAUCACAGUGAUCUUUUAGUAUUUUUUGUCAUUUUUUGUACAAGCGUUUUAUGUUAAUUAUGUUAAAUCAUGAUGUAAAAAAUAUUUCCAACUAUUAAACCUCUAUAGAAAUGA